AUGGGGCUGCUGGACUCAGAGCCCGGCGGCGUCCUGAACGCGAUGUCCACGGCAUUCAACGACACCGUGGAGUUCUAUCGCUGGACCUGGUCCAUCGCAGAUAAACGCGUGGAGGACUGGCCGCUGAUGCAGUCCCCAUGGCCAACGCUCAGCAUAAGCACGCUCUAUCUCCUGUUCGUGUGGCUGGGUCCAAAGUGGAUGAAAGACCGAGAGCCGUUCCAGAUGCGCUUGGUGCUCAUAAUCUAUAAUUUUGGCAUGGUUUUGCUUAACCUUUUCAUCUUCAGAGAGCUAUUCAUGGGAUCAUACAAUGCAGGAUACAGCUAUAUUUGCCAGUCAGUGGACUAUUCUAAUAACGUUAAUGAAGUCAGGAUAGCUGCUGCCCUGUGGUGGUACUUUGUAUCUAAAGGCGUUGAGUAUUUGGACACCGUGUUUUUUAUCCUGAGGAAGAAAAACAACCAGGUGUCUUUCCUUCACGUGUACCACCACUGCACCAUGUUCACUCUGUGGUGGAUUGGAAUCAAGUGGGUGGCUGGAGGCCAAGCGUUCUUCGGGGCCCAGAUGAAUUCUUUCAUCCACGUGAUCAUGUACUCCUACUAUGGGCUGACUGCAUUCGGCCCCUGGAUCCAGAAAUAUCUGUGGUGGAAGCGAUACCUGACCAUGUUGCAGCUGGUUCAGUUCCAUGUGACCAUCGGGCACACAGCACUGUCUCUCUACACCGACUGCCCCUUCCCCAAGUGGAUGCACUGGGCUCUGAUCGCCUACGCCAUCAGCUUCAUCUUCCUCUUCCUCAACUUCUACAUUCGGACAUACAAUGAGCCCAAGCAGUCGAAAACCGGAAAGACAGCCGUGAAUGGUGUCUCAGCGAACGGUGUGAAUAAAUCAGAGAAGCAGCUAGUGUUAGAAAACGGGAAACCCCAGAAAAACGGGAAGCCAAAAGGAGAGUAA